GCAGGUUUGUUGUAGUAGUGCGUUUAUAAGUUUAAGUCCGUGUCUCACAGUCACACUUUCAUUUCGAGGGUGUAGUCAACGGGUGAUCAUGUGGACCUUAACAGCUUUCGCUCGGAGUUAACUCUCGCAAAUUUGGAAAGAUGUGGUUUCCAAACUUCAAACAUCAGCUGAGAAAUUACUAUAAAGAAAACAGACCGAGGGACGAGUAUCAGAACAGGUGACGGUUUAUUGGUUGAAGAUGGAGAGGACCGCGCUGAGGAGGUUCGGGGACAGCGGGAUGAUGCUGCUUCCCUGGACCAAACACAUACUGUGUGUGCUGUGGGAAAAUCUACGACUGCUGCUCCAGAUCAUCUGCUGUAGUUUCAUGGCCGUCUUCCAGAUGUUCAGGUUUGAAGUCCAUCUGAGAAUUACAGACGAGACGGGGCAACACAUUCAGCACAUGACAAGUGGCUCAGGAGACCCCUCCGACAGUUUCCUGCUUUCUUCUUUGUUUGAAAACAACAAAAACAUCGUUGGAGGUGCAAAAUUUGGGGGGGACCCCUUUGACGUGAGCUCCCACUCCAGAGCCGUUCUGUCAAGUCUGGUCAACGAGGAACUCUGCUGCUCUUUGGUGGACGACUUUGUGUCCCAUGCAACCGAGUGUCUCACCGACAAUGAGGAUCUCUAUAUUGGAGAUCACUCCGUGUGGAAACAUGGAUAUGACUGGGGCGUAUUGGGAAGUUCAGAAAGGAAAUGUGGAGAGAGCUCAUGCCCUCUUACUUUUACUGCAUGCGUGUCAGGAUUUUCCUCAAAGGAGAUUGUAAAGCACGAGAAGCCAUCCGUGGAUAAGGAGUCAUGUGGUUCAUCUGCAGAGGACGUUCAAGGUCCGUGUCAACCUCAGCCUGUAAGUCAUCUCUCAGACAGCGAGUUCAGCUGGGGCAGCACAGACAGUUCCUGUUUGGAGGGGGAGAAAGAAGAUAACGACAGACUCUGGGAACUUCUGACCAAGUCUACAGAUCCAUAUCACCCGAUGCACUUUACCGCAUGCAUGUCCAGCGUGGUAACUAACAAAAGCAAAGCGGAAGUGAUUUCAAAACAAGUUCAAAAGGUUGAAAGUCCCACUCCCUCAAAUUCCACCGUGUCCACCGGCUCAGACUCUUCCAAGCAGGCAUCUGAAGAUGAAGAAGAGGCCUUAUGGAAGUCCCUCUCUCAGAAUGAUGACCCGUAUCACCCGUUGAAUUUCAGAGCCCCUCUUCAGAGCUCAUCAGUACUUUCUAAGCACAGUGAUUCAACCAACACACAAAAUAAGACAUUUAAAAAACCUUCAAGACACUCAAAGCCGCCUUUACUACAAAGAAAAGUUUCUCGCCAUUGCUGCCACAAAUCAUCUAGUGAGACAUUAUCUGUGGUGCCAUGGAGAAGGAAUGUUGGUCGGGCAGAUGGUCAGAAGAAAGGUCCUACUUUAAAGAAGGUGAAAUUUUCUCCAAUUGUUCAAGUUCACAAGAUGCGAGCUUGGACCUUUGCUCUUCAGGCAUCUCGAAAGGGACGGUGGGAGGAGCUUGCCCGGGACAGAGACCGCUUCAGAAAAAGAAUCAAUGAGACUGAGAAGGCCAUUGGCUACUGUUUUAGUACGUCACACAGGGAAAAGCUUUGGGCCUGUAAGGACAGUAUACAGAUAAACUAAACUACAAACUCUUAACCUUCUUGAUUGUAAGCGUUGAUACUAUAGUUUCCAGGGCAGCCUUUAGACUGUUAUAUUGAUUUAUAAUGACAGUUUUACCUCAUUGCUGUGUCCCGACACAUUCGUUCCGACAACUGAAAGUUAAACAUGCUUUUGCUAUGCCUUACAGACCUUGCAAUGUAACUGAUGUGAUGACAAAUAUUUAUUUUUAACACAAUGUUAAAAUCGUAGGCAUGCGUGUUGUUGUUUUAAUUUUCUUGAAGUUGUGUGAAGUAGAAAGUUUUUUUUAUUUUAUUAAUUAUAUAAGUUGAAGAAAAUGCACAAGAGCAAGACCCCAGGUUACAAUUUACUGCAAUGUUUACAUUUUUAUAGAUUUUUAUUAUUUAGAUAUUUGCUUAAUUUGUCCUAACUGUUCACUUGGUUGUUGUUCUUCAGAUUGUCACUUUCAACUCUGAACUUCACACUUUGUUGAAUGUACAGUUCUUCCCUUAAA